CGAUAUUCUACCUCAUAAUCCUAUUUUUGGUAGGAUGUCUCCUUUUCUACCUACUAAUAUAACUCCCACGCCCUAAGGAGAAAUAACAGAAAUAUCCCUGUCUUAGAUAUCAUACACUACUCGACGCUAGACGCAGCCACCCAACCAGCACUGCCAAACCAAUUCUUCAACACGGGAGAGAGUGUUUUCGGAGAAUGGUGCUCUGGGCACUGCUUACGUAUACCAGCCUGUUGGGAUUUAUCUAUUUUGGGAUGAUCGUUGCUGGCCCUUUUCCUGGUAAGAUAUGGGUCCUUGGCAUCUUCUACCCAUUACACCGGGACGGAGAUGUGGAGAAUCAACUGAGAUCAUUGCGCGAAAAUGUGAAGACUUCUUGACAAAUUCAAAUAAGUGCUCAACC